CGCUCGUUCUGUACCGCUUGACUUCUCGUUUAUGCGUCAACACAGCCUUCCUGUUCAACCACACCGGCGGCAGCCUCCACGCAGUCUAGUCAGGCGACCUCGUGGAAACCAAGCACGACGUUGUCGUCCAGCAGGCAAAAGCCGAGCUCGUCGUCUUCCUCGUCCUGGCUGUCUUCUUGCUUGUCGUUGUCGGCGCCUCGCAGUUGGGCCCCACCCUAGAGCCGGUGCUCUCAGGUCGGCUGGCGCGCAUGCCCCGCUCCACCAGCACCGCGCCCGCCGUGGCGCCCUCGACCUAGAACAGCAUGCCACUGAUCCCGACGUCGCCUACCUGCCCGGCUUGCCCAUCUGCAAUCACGACGACGGUUGCAUGUAAAAAUCCACGUUAGGCAGCGACAUCGCCUGGGCCAUUUGCCAGGCAGCAGUGAAAACAUUGAUUGAUCAAGGCAGACAGCUACCAACAACCCGCUUUCUCGCAUCACCUCCAAACUCCCAUCACACACACGUACUUUCUCUCCACGAAUCCUCUGAUUGCCAUUCCGUCCCCGUUCCCAAAGGAACGCCCGACCAUGUCGUCCCCCGCUGCCGCCUCGGCCUUCGCUAGCAUCAGCGAACUGCUUCUCCUCGUGGCUGAAAAUUUGGACCGCGACACGGCCCUCUUCGCCCAGCUCUGCCGCGUCAACCGGCGGUUCAACGCCAUUUUCAGCCCGUUUCUGUACCGCGCGUGCGACAUCCGGACCACUGGCAGGAUGUCUGGGCCGCGGACAUGCUCGCAUCUCGCCCACACCAAGAGCUUCUCGCUCAGGUUACCUGACAAUUCCGGCGAUUUCAACCUCGACGAUGUGGCCUCGGCCCCCGAGUUGAUCAGGAAAAUGCCGGCAUUGGAAACUUUUGAAUGGGCGGGCCAACCCCUACCGCAUGAUGCCCCCCAAGCUCUCAAGUCGUGCCAGAAUCUCAAGUCUGUCCACAUCACGUAUCCGGAAGAGAUUGAAGGGGAUUACUUCGAGCUGGCUGAGUGUGAUUGGGACGUCAACGAACAAGGCUGGAAACCUGGAAUCGACAAGUAUUGCAGCAAAAAAUCUCUCGAAUAUAGCCGCCUAUUCUACGCCCAGGAUCUGUCCACCCUCGCUGGCCUGGAGUCCCUUGUCCUCGAACACAUCUACGGUAACAUGCAUCUGUGGGAGCGCCACCUGGUUCAGAUUCUCCGGAACUGCCCAGAUCUCCGCAAGCUCGGCCUGUCCGUAGCCAGGCAGGCGAUUGUUCGCUGUGGUGGGAACGGAAGCUGGGAGAUGUGGGGCUUCCUUGACCGCCUCUGUGAUGCCUACAGCCUCUCGCCCGGAGGAUCAGCACCGACGACUUCGCUGCAGCUGCGCUCCCUUGGAGCCGGAACGGGGGUGUACGUGACGGAAGCGACCUCGAUCGACAAGCUCACCAACCUUUCGCUCCUCGAGGAGGUCGAGCUUGACGUCGGCAACAUCUGGAACGGGAGAGGAGUUGAACACUAUGUGUUCGAGGUCGAGGAAACGUACGUCGUCAACUAUGAGCUUCUCCUCUCGCCCGACGCCUGCCCAAACAUGCGCAGGAUUCGCCUGAGCCACAUGGGACGCAGAGCUUUCGACAAUCUAAAGAACCUCCACAGAAUCAACCAGGACUUUCUGCGCCGGCUUGUCGUCGAGGUCGAUAAUAACAACUGGUCGGAGCACUGGUUGAAGGAGUGGAUCGACCUGACCUUCCCGGGCACAACCCCAACGGGAUGGGUGUGGAAAGGGAAAUCGUUGAUACUCUAUCCUAUGGACACGCCAAGCGAGGACUGGUGACGUUCCAUGCAGCACAAGAUGCGGCUGGCCAGUCCUGCAGAUGUAUGGCCUUGAAAAGGGGACAUGUUCCGCAGAGUGCUGGCGUAUUGGGACCGCGCCGCGGCGGUCUUGCCUCCCGCUCCCUCUCUCCCUCGAGACUUCCUCUAAAGUGUGCUCUAUCAAACCCAUCUUCCUCCCGGCCGCCGCCGGCUUACGCCGCGCUCGCCAUCCUGCUCGGAUCGCGGCUUGUGUGGAAGCGCGCGUGCGGGAGCAUAGUCGGCGUCGGCUUCAACCGGUCCAAUCCGGCCUUCAACACGCCGAACUACAAGGCCGGUGACGGGCGCCCGGACGGGAUCCUGGUCAAGAUGGUGCUCUGUGUGAGCGGCGCGGAUGUGUCCAUGGUGGUUUGACAAGACUUGAGCGGGACACGCACCCGUCGUAUUAUUUGAAGGCAGCCGCGAAUAUCGAUACAGCCAUAAUUUAUACUUGGAAGCCGAUGCACGUAUACUCCACUCCCCUUCAGGUCCCCCUGCCCCUUGCAAACUUUUCGUUCCCAGCCG